AUGGUCGACUACUCUAUAGAUGAUUUUCACCAGUCAUCGAUCAAUGAGUGUGAUACUGAAGCAAAGCAAAUGGUGAGGUCUGAAGCCAUAGAAGCAGAACAAGCUAACAAGGAAAAAUCAUAUAUAGGAGUCAGAAGAAGGCCAUGGGGAAAAUUUGCCGCUGAGAUCAGAGAUACAACAAGGCAUGGCACACGGGUUUGGCUUGGAACUUUUGAUAGUGCAGAAGAAGCUGCUUUAGCUUAUGACCAAGCUGCAUUUUCCAUGAGAGGACCAACCACUGUGCUUAAUUUUCCGGUUGAAAGAGUUCGAGAAUCUUUGCAAGAGAUGAAGUGUGGUUGCAGCGAAGGGAGUUCUCCUGCGUUAGCACUCAAGGAGAGACACCAUAUCCAACGAAAAUUAUCAGCAAAGGCUAAGAAAAGCAAAGGGAAACAGGAAUCGGAGGCACCAAGUGUGUUGGUGCUAGAGGACAUGGGAAUUGAAUAUCUUGAGCAACUUCUGAGCAUAUCAGAUCUAAGUACAAGUGUAAACACCGGCUUAUGA